AUGAAGGUUUUAACAAAAGGUAACUCAACCAAUGGUAGACCAAAAAAAUUAUUGAACAAAAGAUAUAUAACAGUCAUAAUAACAUCUAUUUUUAUUAUAUACUUAUGGUUUAAUCAGUUAGGGACUUCUAAUCUAUCAUACCAAACUGAAAACGAAGAAAUAUUAACUUCUAUUCCGACUAGUAAUUCCUUUACUAACGACAAUAAUUAUGAAAAUAAGGAAGUGUCAACUUCUAAUCCAAGUGAUGCUUCCUCCACCAACAGCGAUGAAAAUUUGAAAGAUUUUUAUCACAAUUAUGAAGGGGAAAUCGGACAACAGAAAUUGACAACAGCCGAAGAUAUGUAUUCCUCCGUCAUAAUGCCUAAGAUGCCUGACCAAGAAGCAAAAAGGGCUUUAGGCAAUGCCUCUUGGAAGUACUUUCAUACGUUGUUGGCAAGAUUUCCUGACCACCCGACGCAAGAACAGAGGGACAAGUUAAACACUUUUUUACAGUUAUACGCAGAGCUCUAUCCCUGCGGUGAAUGUUCUUAUCAUUUUGUCAAACUAAUGGAGAAAUAUCCGCCACAGACAAGCAGUAGAACAACAGCGGCUUUAUGGGGAUGCCACGUUCAUAAUUUGGUUAAUGAACACUUAAAAAAACCAGAGUAUGAUUGUACUACUAUCUUAGAAGAUUAUGAUUGUGGAUGCGGUGAUGACGCCAGCGAUGAGGAUUUACAAGAUUAUCCGAAAGGAAACAAUAGUAUAAUUACUAGUGGUAUCACGUUGGAAAAAGAACAAAAACAGUUAGGCUAA